CUCUUGCAAACUCCGUGAAACUCUUUUUACGGCAACAGCCCCACCACGUCCCUCCGGUUGUACCCAGAAUUCAUCAACAAUUCUUUACUUGGUUGGGUACCUUGUAGUGUUAGUUGUAUUAGUGUUAGUAAGAUAUUAAAGCCGUUUUCAUGGUGGUGCAUUGUAAAUGACUGUGUAAUAUGUUGAAACCUGUAAGAUAGGUGUAUUUCGAUCUGUGUGUGAGGAUUUAUAUAUAAUAUUUGGAGAAUGAGCGCGUAUCUGCAAGUUGCGGAAGACGAAGGGGAGGAACCUAUAGAACUCCCUACAGAAGAUGAUACUACCCUUCUUCUUUCCACUUUGGCAGCACAGUUUCCGGGAACAUGUGGUUUGAAAUAUCGUAACCCGGAAUCUCGGACAAUGCGAGGUGUGCGAUUAGUUGACGGAAGACUUCAUCCUCCAGAAAGUGGAUGGGGUAACUGUGUGUAUUACUGUGUUUUCCCAAAAGAAAAUAAAAGAAAAUCUGAUGAUCACUUGGAAAAUUCAACAGCCAAGACCAAACGCAUGGAAACUAAGCAGAAGUGCUCAGAUCUGAUUGUGCUGGGUCUCCCAUGGAAAACUUCGGAGCAGCAGCUGCGGGAGUAUUUUGAAACAUAUGGAGAGGUGCUCAUGGCCCAGGUGAAGAAAGAUCCGAAGUCUGGACAAUCCAAAGGAUUUGGUUUUAUAAGAUUCUCCAGCUUUGAGUCACAAAUGCGUGUACUCUCUCAGAGGCACAUGAUAGAUGGAAGAUGGUGUGAUGUGAAGAUCCCAAAUUCAAAGGAAGGACAGGCACAACAAGUUCCAUGUAAGGUAUUUGUUGGACGAUGCACUGAAGAUAUGCAAGCUGAUGAUCUUCGGGAAUAUUUCUCUAAAUUUGGUGAAGUGACUGAUGUCUUCAUUCCGAAGCCCUUCAGGGCUUUCGCCUUUGUAACGUUCCUGGAUCCUGAGGUUGCUCAAAGCCUGUGUGGAGAGGACCAUAUAAUAAAGGGUGUAUCUGUGCAUGUGAGUAAUGCUGCUCCAAAAAGCGACCCAAAUGUUCGAUCAUUUGGAGGCAUGGGCAUUGGUCCUCGUGGACCUGUGUCUAGAGAUCAGAAAAAUCUAGGAAGCCCAUUUGGAGGCGGUGGCAGUACACAUCACUACCAUCAGCAUCAUGGUGGACCAGGAGCUAGUACUAUGAAUACUGGAACCGGAGGUUGGAAUCAAGCAGGUCCUGGAAGCCGUGGAAAUUUGGAAAUUCCUAAUUUGCAAGCAUUGGGUAUAACAGGCCAAGCAGGCACAACAACUGGUACUGCAGCUCAAAGUAUGAGCAAUCCUCUUGGAAUGGGAACUCUUAAUCUGGGAGGUUUUCCCAUGAACCCAGCGCUAAUGGCUGCAGCACUCAACCAAGCCAGUUGGGGCCUUAUUAACAAUCUCCAGGGCAGUCAGGUACCAACUAGUGCUGCAGAUGGUGGUCCACAAGCAUUUGGAACUCCUGCCCCGGCUACUGGUUUUGGCGGUACAACUGGGGGGCCCCAACCCAACACUGGAGCCCCUGCAGGUGGAGGCCAAGCGUCAGGAUUCCUCAAUUGGAUGAAUCCAAGCCCAGCCACUAGCUCAGGUAGUGAUGCACAAGGUGGAGCUACUCAGUAG